AUGCCACCACAUAUGGAUAAGUUGAAGGAUCUCCACACAUUGAGUGACUUUGUUGUUGGCAAACAAACUGCACCUAGCAUUGUAGUGUUGAAAGAGCUUCAGAUAGUAGGUACACUUGCUAUUUCAGGGCUUCAUAAUAUAGUGAAUUCUGAGGAUGCUUUUGUUGCCAAUAUGAGAAAUAAGCACCUUGACGGACUAGCUUUGACAUGGGGAGCUGAGACCGAUGAUUCACAAAAAGAUAGAGAGGUGCUUAAUAAUCUCCAGCCUCAUACACACCUGAAAGCCCUCAGUCUUAAGUUUUAUGGGGGUACAAGAUUUCCGGAUUGGUUAGGAGAUCAUUCUUUUUCUAAUUUGGUUUCUCUUCAACUCGAAGAUUGUAAACAUUGUUGCGCCUUGCCACCACUGGGGCAGCUACCCUCCCUCGUCACGCUUUAUGUUUGUGGGUUAAAUGAAGUGGAGACGAUAGGGCCUGAGUUUUAUGGUAAUGGUGUUUCUGUUGUUAUGCCAUUUAGAUCUCUAUCAGUUUUAUUCUUCAAAGAUAUGUUGGGAUGGCAAGAGUGGUCUCAUUUCGGAAGUAGCCAAGAAGGUGGAGCUUUUCCUCAUCUUUGUCAGCUCUAUCUGACAAAUUGUCCCAAGCUAACACAGAAAUUACCUGAGUAUCUUCCAUCCUUGACUACACUUGAGAUAAGGAGAUGCGAGCAACUUCUGGGUUCACUUCCAAGAACUCGGGCCAUUUUGGAGAUUCCUUCUGUGAAAGACAACCUUUGUCUUGAAGAGAAAACUAGCGGUACUAACUCAUCUCUUACUCCAUUUCCUUGUGACGGUCUGGCUGAUGCUUUAAGAGUUCUUAAAAUAAAAAACUGUUGGAACUUAUCUCCACUAAAUUACUGCUAUGCAUUCCUUAAAACAUUGAAGAUAAAGAGUAGCUGUGAUUCAACCACAUCUAUCCCGCUGGACUACUUCCCAAAUGUUAAAGAGCUCAAAUUAUAUGACUGUAGGAAUCUGGAAUCCCUUACUUAUUCCCAGGAUUCUGAAAGCCCUACAAUCCUGUCCCUCAGUUCCUUGAGAAUAUUUAAUUGCCCAAAUUUUAUAUCUUUUCCUGAUGGAGGACUGUACGCCCCCAACUUGAUAGUGCUUAAUAUAUCUGAAUGUGAUAAAUUGAGGUCAUUGCCAGAACAUAUGUGCACCAGUCUCUCAUCUCUUCAGGCUGUAAUCCUAGAGUAUUGUUCUGAACUAGAGUCAUUUCCUGAAGGGGGACUGCCUUCAAAUUUGGAUAUGCUGCGUAUCUUUGGAUCCAAAAAACUCAUUGCCAACCGCAUGCACUGGGGUCUGGAUAGGCUCAUCUGUCUCAGAUACUUGGCCUUCAGCUUUGACGAAUGUGAAGACGUUGUAUCAUUUCCAGAGGAGGGGCUUCUGCCUACCAUUUUGACUACUCUCUGCAUCUUCAAUAGUCCAAAUCUUAAGAUCCUGGACUCUAAGGGUUUUCAAAACCUCACCGCUCUUCAACAUUUGUUCAUUGAUGGGUGUAAUGAGCUUGAAUGCUUGCCAGAAGGCCUUCCCACUUCUCUUUCUCAUUUGGAUAUCAAUAAAUGUCCUUUGCUGACACAAAGGUGCCAGAAUGAGAUAGGGGAAGAUUGGCCAAAGAUUUCUCACAUCACUCGUGUAACCGUUGAUGGGCUCGAUUUCAUAAACUGA